AAAAAAAAAAAGCUGGAAAUGCCAAAAAUUUGAUUCCCAUAUCCAUGAGCGGACAACCAAUUAACUAAAGUACUUUUUUUUUUUGGAGGAUAACACGUUUUUACGAAGUGUUUCCGGUUUGGAAUAAAAAUAGCAAACUCACACACACACACAAACACCCAUACCCAUACAUUUAAGGAAAACGACAAAAGGACAAAAGUAAAAAAGACGUCAACAAUUUUAUUAGAGUAAGUCGAGCAGGAAGUAUUAGGUCAGCUGUAACCAAGCCAAAGAAAUAAAGACCAAAACAACGAAGGUUAAGCUAAAAAAAAAACAACAACAAAAAAGGAAAAAAACAAAAAUCUAAAACAAAAGUCAUUACCGUUAGGAGAGGAUGUGAUGAGGCAGAAUUCAAACUAAAGUCCAUGUAAGCAGUUGGAAACCAAACGAAAAGAACUGGCAUUGCUUUGAAAUACCAACAAAACCUGGCGGCCAACAAAAGCCGAGCACAAAGUUAACCACUAAAACGGAAGUUGCGGUCAAGUUCGCUGGAUAGGCUACAACAAGUGUGAUUACAGAAAAUACUGCAAUUUCCCAGGACCUCUGCACCACCUCCUUAAAUAGCAUUCAAAUAACUAUGUCUUUGCCUCUCCAAUGGCCAAUUUCAAGCUGUGUUUUCAAUGUCUGAGUGAAUAAAGUCGGCGUGCAUUUGAAAAGCGGAAUUGCCAAGCAAUCCGUCCUGCGGCUGCUGCUCUCUCGUUUUGCAACUAUGACAGGCCAACAAAUGCAUUUGCCUUGGUGGCCAUUACUUUAUGGCACACUGGAGGUUACCACACAGCAGGUAUUGGCUGCUGUGGCAGCAACAGCAAUUGAAAAUGGCAGACUUCGUUGGCAUCCCAGCUCCAGCCAUAAUUUUACAGCAACAACAGAAGUCGCCGCCAGCAACAGCAUCCCAAGCAGCAAGGCCUCAAAAGUUUCAACAUCAUUCCAGCCAUUUAAUUCUAAUAGCCCAGAAAAACAUGUAGUUUUAUCGCCACUAACACCAAUGCCAUCUUCCGGUGCCAACCACAAUUCCUAUGCCGCCCCGACGAGUGCAGCAAUGUCUUCGAAAGUAUUUCCAGCCACAUCAUCGACAUCAUCAUUACUGGCGUCACCAGCAGCAUCAUCCACAUCCUCGUUAUUGGAACGGAGCAUAAACACAUUUGAGAAUGUCAGUAAUAGAUUUUCACAUUCCCCAGAUGCUUUGGUGGCUGUCACGCCUGGCAUGGCAUUGCUGGGUAAUUUUACAUGGCCAGCCAGCUCCACAAUGCCACUUGGCAGUGGUAACCCCCCGACAUAUGUGAUCUCCAAUAUCUCCAAUAGCAUUGCUGACAUCAGUACCACUAACUCUUCCUCCUCCACCGCCAGCUCCUUCAUGAAUUCCUCCCCAUCCUCCUCCCCCAUUGCCACAAUGAUGAUGAUAUCAACCUCAACUCUGCCACCAUCCGUCGACUCAUAUCUGAUUGGUAUGGCAUGGCCAAAGGCAUUGGUCGUUGCCAUAUUUAUGCUGCUAAUAUUGGUCACUGUGGUCGGCAAUACGCUGGUGAUUUUAUCCGUUUUGACAACACGUCGCCUGCGCACCGUCACAAAUUGUUUUGUCCUUAAUUUGGCCAUAACCGAUUGGCUGGUGGGCACCUGUGUCAUGCCGCCCGCCGUCAUGGUCUACAUUGUGGGAAGUUGGCGUUUUGGUUGGAUUUUGUGCGAUAUAUGGAUAUCAUUGGAUGUGCUACUGUGCACGGCAUCGAUACUGAGUUUAUGUGCCAUUAGUUUGGACAGAUAUUUGGCCGUUACCCAGCCACUGACAUAUUCCAAGAAUCGGCGAACAAAACGUUUGGCUCUUCUGAUGAUAUUUAUCGUUUGGGUGACAGCCCUAUCCAUCACCUGUCCCCCCUAUUUGGGAUGGUAUGAACCUGGACGGCGCGUAGAUGGCAACACUGUCUGUCGCUACAAUCAAAAUAAAGGAUAUGUGGUAUUUUCGGCAAUGGGUUCAUUUUUUAUACCUCUGGCUGUGAUGCUGUAUGUCUAUCUGAAAAUUGGUUAUGUCCUGACAUCCCGUCGUCAAAGGAUUGUUAGAGAUGCGAAUUCCGAACGAACCGCCGACCAUGAUAUCGACUGUGAUAAUUUCCUCUCCGAAUCGGAACAUUUUCAAUGUGGACCCCAGAAGUUCCCCUCUUUCAAAACACGUUGGACCGUAGAGCCUACCACCAAUGGCAGUUCGUCGAACAGCAAACAGAACAGUUUGAAAUGUAGUAAAUGCAACAAAAACUAUGUGCAUCGGGACAGCCUGAAGCAUCAGGCUUCCUUUUAUGAGCUGGUUGAGAUAUCACGCCUAUCAUCGCAAAUACCCUGUACCUCGAUCAAUUGUAAAUAUGGUGAUGGCAGUUGUACACCGGCUAACAGUACGGUGAGUUAUGCUUUGGCCGAGGGUCGGGCAGCCACAUUGCCAAUGCAGCAGCUGCAUUGCAGCGACAGCCGGUCAUCAUUUUCCGAGACAUGUUUGGCCCAUGCCAUGGCCCAGUCGGGGAAAUAUGCCAUGUCAAAUGGUCAGCUGCAGCAGGAGAAACCACAACAGGGAUCAGUGAAUGGUCAUGGUCAACAUCAUCAGCAGCACCACCAUCAUCAUCAUCACCACCACCAUCAUCAUCAUCGGGUACCGAUGAGAGUUUCCACAACGAAACGUGACACGAAAACGGCUAAAACCCUUACCAUGGUUAUGGGCGGUUUCAUUGCCUGUUGGCUGCCAUUCUUUAUCUAUUAUCUGCUGAUACCGUUCCUGCCAGCCUCCUAUGUCUUGGAGUGGCUCAUGUCAUUCCUGACCUGGGUCGGUUGGGUAAACUGUGCCAUCAAUCCGUUCAUCUAUGCCUUUUACAAUCCCGACUUCCGCACAGCCUUUUGGCGUUUAACAUGCAAACGGAUCUGCAAACAAAAGCCACCGCCCAAUCAUGUGGCCAUAUUUCGUGGAUAAAGUUGUUGCCCCACUCCGUCGGUGUGUGUGUGUGGCUGUGUGCUGCACAUAUGGCCUCUGUUUAGCAAAAUACCGGAAAUUUCAACUUGCAAUGGAAAUUUUGAAGAAGGUGCAACAACGGGUAACGGGAAAUGGUCGUUUUGGUUGGACUAAGUUUCCUUCAGAGUUUCGAAGAGCCAACCGACCAACUGGCAAUGUAAUCAAAUUUAAAGCACACACACUCACCGGAAAUAAAGAGAGGAGAGCCAAGUAUCACCAUGACACACUUCCAUAUAUUUUUGUGUGUUUUUGUUGCAGUUUUCCACAAACAAUGCCAAAUGCAUAAAAUAUGAGACACACACACAAGUGAAUGAAAAAUUGCCUCUGUGACCAUAACCUAAAGAACAGCUCCAGACAUGAGAUAUUGAGAUUGGAAAUUCCACAACAUUUAUGUAUAGUUUGAAAUUAGUAUUGAUGCCUGUUUUUGUAUAUUUUGAAUAGUUUUUUUAAGAGUUCUCUUUGAAUAAGUUUUGUAAUCCCUCUCUGUAUUUAUUUGUAGUUAUUGUAAA